AUGAGUAAGAAGACGUAUCCUGCCAAGUCCGCGGGCCCCUACUUCCCAAUCCCCCGCCCCCUCACCACCACACUCCUUCGCAUCGUCCCCGGAGACCCUUCCAACGUCUCCCCGGCUAUCCACUUUCUCCGCAAUGAUAUGCCGCCCGUCCUCGACUCUACCACCAUGACCCUUCAUGCCACCGUGGACGACCAGUCUGCCUCUGUUCUACUUCCACUUCUUACGACGGACCCCAUCCCCGUUGAAUGGUUCGACUUCUGCCUCGACCACCUCUCUACCUCCUUCCUCGAACUCACCCUAACUAUGACCGAUCACGACCGCUCCCAAACCUCCCUACUCGGCCGUUCCGUUCUUGUCGCAUCCGACUUCGCUUCUCGUAGAGGACUCAUUCAUCCGCUUCUACUGGACUCCACGGGCCUCCCGGUGGCCAGGGCCACCCUCGACUUCAUCGUCAUCACGCCCCAGCCCGCGGGUGCCCCGCUCGCCUCUGUGCGAAAUGGCCCGCCGCGGUUUACCGGCCAUCGGGGCAUGGGCUCCUCGGGCCCCGCCUUUCCCUGGAGGUCGAUAGAAAAUCUCCCUGAAUCGUUUUUGUUGGCCGCCCUCUGCGAUUCCAAAGUCACUACAGUUGAACUUGAUGUCCAGCUCUCUCGUGACGGACGCACCAUCGUCUAUCAUGAUUGGUACUUCAGACCGGAUGGAUCUCGUGACAAAGAUGCCUCAAAGUCUUCCUUGAGAGUUCCUUUGAACCACCUCACGUUUGAUGAGAUGGACAACCUUUUUCGCUCCAUGCUUCACAAGGGCGAUCAUUCCGUGGAUAGAAAUAAGCAUCUCUUGAGAGAAGCCCUCCAGAAGAGAGAUGAUGUUUCCGAUGACGUCUUAUCCACAAAGAUCUGGUCCUUGACGGAUGUCUGCGAAGUUUUGCCGGAAGAGAUUGGACUGCUUGUCGAAGUCAAAUUUCCAUCAAGCGGUGUCUUGGAAGAAUCGCCAGUACCUUUCCCCGAAAAGAAUUUCUUCGCCGAUUGCGUCUUGAAGGACAUUUUCAAAGUCUCGAGAAACCGCAGGCGCGAAAUCAGCUUCCUCACUUUCAAUGCCGAUCUCGCUAUGAUGUUGUCCAUGAAGCAAACGCUCUACCCUGUGUACUUGUCCCACUGCGAGGUCCUCGACAAGCCAUGUGAAGAGCUCGACCCCCGUUGUAUCGACCUUGAUGAGGGCUUGAAGUUUGCGGUUUCUCAGAAACUUGAUGGCAUGAUGAUUCUCAACAAGCUUGUUGAAACGAAGCCGGAGGCCAUUGAGCGCAUUAAGGACCGUGGCUUGCCUAUCAUCACCUAUGGAAGUCGCAACACAGACCCCGAAUUCGUUCGACAUCAGUUCCGCAUGGGCAUCAAUGGUGUCAUUGCCGAUGACGUCAACGUACUCACAAAAGCCUUCCACAUAUGACGCUACCUCUGACAUAAGUUUUCUUUUUUGUUUCAUUUCAUGCAGCCCCUAGGUUUCACACGUCGGGCUGUACUCAACGCUCUCUGUAGUUGAUGCAGUAUCACAGUACCCAUUGUCACUGACGUACACUAAAGCGUAGAGAAACCAUGAAUGCGGUGUAGACCAUUUGUGGUACGCUUUGUUUGCUGCGUGCUAGGAAUGUGGCCAGCGCUACACCGAAUUGAAGUGAUCCGGGUGAAGCCGAGUAAAUCGCUGCACACGACCGCAUGACCA